GCUAGAGCCCGAGAGCACGAGAGCGCGGCGGGGCGGAGUCGCGCGUGUGGAACAGCCACCGGGUAGCAGCUCGGCUACUCUCCCAGAGUCGUUAGAGUCCCCGCCGGAGUCUGGCGUAGACUGAUUUUCGAAAAUGCCAAGUAGGAAGUUUGCCGAUGGCGAGGUGGUCAGAGGUCGGUGGCCGGGGAGUUCACUUUAUUACGAAGUAGAAAUCCUGAGCCACGACGGCAAAUCCCAGCUUUACACCGUGAAGUACAAAGAUGGCACGGAGCUCGAAUUGAAAGAGAGUGACAUCAAGCCUUUAACUUCCUUCAGGCAAAGGAAAAGUGGCUCAACUUCCAGUUCUCCCUCCAGACGUCGAGGGAAUCCAUCAAGGUCACGGUCUCGAUCCCGAUCCCCUGGCCGCCGUUCCCCCAGCCGCCGUUCCCCCGGCCGCCGAUCCCCUGGCCGGUCCCCUGGCCGACCACCUAAAAGUUCCCACCAGCCUGCCCCUGCCUCGCACCAUGCCGACAUUAAGGAAAUAAGGAAGGAAGUGUUGGAAGUGAAAUUGACUCCUCUGGUAUUGAAACCAUUUGGGAACAGCAUCAGCAGGUACAACGGGGAAGCUGAGCACACGGAGAGGAAUGACAUACCUCACAAAACCCCUCAGGAAAAAUACCAUUUGUCAGAAGAAAGAAGUUAUAUAUCUACACAGUACAGCCUUCGUCCAAGAGGAGAAGAGAACAAGUUAAAAGAAAUAGACUUUCAGGAAGAAAAAGCUGUUACAAAAGGACCUACAUCACUGAGAACCUUUGAAGUGCCUGCUGUGCAGACGAAGGACUUGGAGUUCGGAGGAGUACCUGGUGUGUUUCUUAUCAUGCUUGGCCUGCCUGCCUUCCUCUUCCUGUUGCUGCUGACGUGUGAACAGGAGGAGCCCAGCCUUCUGAAUUUCCCGCCUCCUUUGCCAGCUCUGAAUGAUUUAUGGGAAACCAGAGUGUUUGGGGUCUACCUCCUCUGGUUUUUUGUUCAGGCUCUGUUCUACUUACUGCCAAUCGGGAGGGUUGUAGAAGGAACACCGCUGGCUGAUGGAAGAAGACUCAAGUACAGAUUAAAUGGGUUCUAUGCUUUCCUCCUGACAUCCGCGGCGGUCGGGGCCGCACUGUCGUGGGGCGUGGACCUGCACUACGUGUACCGGCACUUCCGCCAGUUCGCACUGGCGGCGCUCGUGUUCUCCGUGGCCCUGAGCGUGUACCUGUACGUGCGGGCGCGGCGCGCGCCCCCGGGCCAGCUGUCGCAGGCCAGCUCAGGAAAUGUCAUCUAUGAUUUCUUCAUUGGCCGUGAACUAAAUCCUCGGAUUGGUACUUUUGACCUCAAAUACUUUUGUGAACUGCGUCCUGGACUGAUUGGAUGGGUGGUUGUUAACUUGGUAAUGCUUCUGGCUGAGAUGAAGUCACAGAAUCGUGCUACCCCAUCCUUGGCAAUGAUUUUGGUUAACAGUUUCCAGUUCUUAUACGUGGUGGACGCACUCUGGAAUGAGGAAGCAGUGUUGACGACCAUGGACAUCACCCAUGACGGGUUCGGGUUCAUGCUGGUGUUUGGGGACUUGGUGUGGGUCCCUUUCAUCUACAGCUUCCAGGCCUUUUAUUUAGUCCACCAUCCGCACGAGGUGUCCUGGCCGGCAGCUUCUUUCAUCAUUGCUCUGAAACUUUGUGGCUAUGUAAUCUUCCGAUGUGCAAACGCUCAGAAAAACGCAUUCCGGAAAAACCCCACUGAUCCAAGGCUCGCACACUUAAAAACCAUUCACACCUCCACGGGAAAAAACCUCCUGGUGUCUGGCUGGUGGGGCGUGGUCCGCCACCCCAAUUACCUGGGUGAUCUCAUCAUGGCUCUGGCGUGGUCCCUGCCGUGUGGCUUUAACCACAUUCUGCCGUAUUUCUACGUGAUUUACUUCACCCUGCUGCUCCUGCACCGGGAGGAGCGGGACGAGCGCCAGUGCAGGAAGAAGUACGGCGUGGCCUGGGACCGCUACUGCCAGCGCGUGCCCUACCGCAUCCUGCCCUACGUCUACUGACCCCCGCCGCCUGUGCCGACAAACGCAAAGCCAGACUCCCCUGCGCUGCACUGAGUGUCUCCAAGUUUCACUGUGUGUGAGUCAGGGCUGCAGGCCCCAAGUCUUUUCCCCUCACCGUGUGUAUUUUAUUAAAUCUGCAUAAUUAACAUCAGGAAAAAUCACAGAGGUGUUCGACUUUGCUGGUGUUCUAAUAGGAAAUUUUCAGUCCUGAAAAGUCUGAUCAAGGCCCUGAGAAAAACACUUCUGAUGUUUAUGUAUGAGUUUUGAUCCUUUUGUCUUGUCGGUUGGUUCUUAAGUGAAAACCCUGUUACAGCUGAAGUGCAUUACGGCGGUAAGAGAAUCUUCAUUUGUUUCCUUGAAAUCGAUGCAUUAACUAGUCGUGUGACUGGCAAGUAAAAUCCAGACUCGUGUCAAAUGCGAGAUGAGACACAGGGGGUUUAUCGGUGGCACUGUUCUAGCGAGACAACUAGCAGUAGUUUGCUUAACCUGAACUUCUGAAACUGUGUUUGAAAAUGUAAUUGUAUAUAGCUUUUAUGUAAUAUAUGGUGACUUCACUGUUUUCUGUACAGUAUUUUGAAUGUGAAAUAAUUGCCAGGACUGAAUAUCUAACAAAAACAUUUGCAGUAUUUUAAAAUUUAAAUUAAAUUUUGUAAAGUACUACAUGUUAGAAUUUUUGAAACAAUUAGAAUUCAUUUACUAUUAUAUGAAAGAUGCUAUUAAGAUAGAGGAAGGAUAUUUUUCUUAAUCCAAAGUUUGCAAAUUUGGCUUUUUUCUACCUCAAUCGCAGGUGUUUGUUUGCCUUUGUAAACUGUUGCAGAUAGGAAAAAAAGAUAUAUUUUUGCAGUAACAUCCCUAUUUAAACAUUUUUACUCAGAUUGGUGGUUGAAAAUUUGGGGCUAAUAUUUUUAUAUAUUUUUGACUUUUUUAAACUGUUUUUGCUACUGUCGUGCUCAUGCAGUUUAUACUGUGUUUCUAUUUACAAAAUUCUGUGAAGGAGUGUGUUUAUCUAAAAUCAGUUAAAGGGCAUAGUUUAAAAUCCUCUCUCUAAAGCCUAUUUAGUUUAAUAGCUGUGCAUAAGGUAGUGUGGGCUGUCAAGUGCUAGUUAAGUUGAGGUAGCCUCAUCACUCAUUACUCGACAUUGGAAAGCAAGUCCGCGGGCCUUCAGUACUCACAUUGCAGUUGCCACUGUCUUACGUGUAUGGGAGGCACUGAAUCACGCGUGUUCUGCAGAGCCGUCUGCAGAUGCGACUCAGCCCCUAUCGCUGUGGCUCUGAGGUGGCUGCGCCCUGGCCUGGGCCGAGCAAGGAGGCUGUUGGCAGCUACAAUUUGUUUUUUAUCUUUGACAGGUUUUAUAUGAAGUUUUAAGUUGGAAAUGUUGGGAAUAAAAAGUUGUCCUCUUA